AUGGCCGAUAUCACUGUCCCUCCUCUGCUUCAGCAGGGUACGCCUAUGACGAAGGUCUCUGCCAAGAAACAGAAGAGGGUCAUACUCAGGCUAGAUCCUGAUCAAGGCCAGAUCCUGUACGAGACGAAGAAGCAGCGCAUUAUUCCGAUUGAAAGCAUCAAGGAAAUACGGACCUGCUCUGACGCACGGUUCUACCGUGAGCAGUUUCAGCUGUCCCAACAGCUCGAAGACCGGUGGAUGACCCUCUUCUACAUCUGCGAUGGGCGAUACAAGUCGUUGCACGUCAUCGCAAGCACUCGCGACGUCUUCCAGAUGUGGGAAGUGACCCUUCGAAAGUUGUAUUCCAUACGUCAAGAACUCAUGAGUGGCUUGGGGAACAUUGAGGUUCGCCAAACGCUUUGGGAGAGGCAGUACUGGAAGGCCGCGGACGACGAGCAGGACCAGAAGCUCGAUUUCGACGACGUGGAACGGAUGUGCAGACGUUUGAACCUCAAUGCUGCCAAGGAGAAUCUCCAACGGCUGUUCAAGGAGGCCGACGUGCACAAUCGAGGUUAUCUCGACUUUUCGGACUUUCAACGAUUUGUUAAGUUGCUGAAGGCGCGUCCGGAACUGGACAGGCUGUACAAGAAGCUAUGCACUGCAAGUGACGGAUGUUUCGACUUCAAGACGUUCCGAAUGUUCAUGCAGGACUUCCAGAAGGCAGCAAGUGCGGCUGCCCCCUCCGCCCACGCUAUGUCUGUCGGCCCUUCACCGCCUCAACCUGCAUUCUUUACCCUAGACAAUUUUACCGCAUUCCUUCUGUCCCUAGACAACUCUGCAUUCGCCGACCAGCACGGCAAGGUUUACCACGACAUGACACGCCCUCUUUCGGAAUAUUACAUAUCCUCCUCCCAUAAUACGUACCUCGUCGGACACCAGCUGGUCGGGGUCAGCACGAUAGAGGGGUACAUUAGAGCGUUGCUGCACAGCUGCCGCAGCGUCGAAAUCGACGUCUACGACGGCGAUACCGAACCCAUGAUAUACCACGGCAAGACCCUGACGUCUAAAGUGUCUCUCCGCGACAUCUGUCAGGCGAUACACAAAUACGCUUUCGUGUCUUCGCCAUAUCCUGUUAUCAUCUCAGCCGAGAUACACUGUUCUCUUCCACAGCAGGAUAUAGUUGCCCAGAUCAUGCGCGAGACCUUUGGCGAUGCUCUGAUUACAGCUCCUGUUCACGGGCAGACGAAAAUCCAGACACUGCCUAGCCCCGAGCAACUGAGAGGACGUGUGCUCUUGAAGGCCAAGAACCUUUAUGUUUCCGAGCAAGAAGGCCUUCGGGACAAGGAGGUCACGGUGGACAGCGAAUCUUCGACUAGCACAGAUACGUCUUCCGACGAAGUCUUCACGGGUCAGUUCCGUACUACCUCAAUUCUGAUGGAUAGAUCUGAUCAGAGAUAUUCAGAGCUGAAGAAAGACAUGCUCAAAGUCUCGCGCAUGGCCGAACGCGUUCGCCACCCACGGCGCUCUUCCCCCUCUCCAGGACCGGCCUCCAGGGCCAAGUCUCCCCCGCACGCAGAGCGGCAGAAGGCCAAGAUGUCGAUGGCGCUCGUCGCACUGCUCGUGUACACCGUCGGUGUCAAAUGCCGCGGGCUGAACAAGAAGGAGCAGUACGCUCCCGAACACGUCUUCUCGCUCUCCGAGAACACGGCGAACAAGAUUCUGAAAGAGAGCAUGAUGGAUUUGAUAAAACACAAUAAGACGCAUCUGGUUAGGGUGUAUCCGAAGGGGACCCGGUUGAACUCGUCGAACUAUGAACCACAUCGGUAUUGGUCGGCGGGGGCGCAGUUGGUUGCGAUCAACUGGCAGACGUUCGAUCUCGGGUAUAUGAUCAACCAUGCCAUGUUCCAACGUAAUGGUCGGGCUGGCUAUGUCCUCAAGCCUCGGGCACUGAGAGAGUACAACAAGGAGCUCCUGGCGAAGCGGACGAACCACUACUUCGAUGUCACUGUAAUCUCCGCGCAGCAGCUCCCGCGCCCCAAAGACUCCGCGGGGCGCGAGAUCGUGGACAAGUCCGUCAUCGACCCCUACGUCGAAGUGUCCCUACACGUCCCCGACUGGACGCAUUCGCCCUUCCUGCCCGAGUCCACGAACCCCGUGUACUCGCCCGCGGCGGGCCCGACGGCACUCACCGCGACGUCCGCCAGGACGAUCUCGUACCGCACGUGCGUCGUGAAGAACAAUGGGUUUAACCCCGUGUGGGAGGAGGACCUGAGCCUGCCGUUCGACUGCGUGGGCGAGAUGAUGGACCUCGUUUUCGUGAGGUUCGCGGUGAAGCAAGAGGGCGGGGAUCCGGAGGAGCCGUUGGCGGUGUAUUGCGCGAGUUUGGGGAGCUUGAAUGCAGGAUUCAGACACCUCCCGUUGCAUGAUGCACAGCUGUCGCAGUAUCUGUUCUCGACGCUUUUCGUGUACAUCAGCGUUCGCGAUGCUCAGGCUUGA